GCAACAUUCAAGAAAUUGAUCGAGUUAAAGUGACAAUGAAGGGUGUGAAUCUUUUGAUCGGUGUAUUAUGCUUUUAUUUAAACAUUUCAAAUGGAAAUUCCCAAGGUCGAUCUCCAGGGUCUACCGCCAAUGAAAUGUGUAAAAGAUAUACAGAAAAUGCCAAAAAGAAUAAUAUUUGUCCUGCUUCGCUUUCUACUCCUUCGAACUCUCCAAGAAGUUUAGCGGGAAAGGGCGAAUUUCCUCAUAUGGUAGAAAUUGGUUAUAGCCAUAAUAAUGGAUAUAUGUGGUUAGCUAGUGGUUUUGUAAUUAGUAAAAAUUUCGUUCUGACUAUAGCAUAUGUUCCUAAACCUCAAGAAUUAAAAGGUGCAGCACCAGUAAUAAUUAGAGCUGGAGUAACAGAUCACAACGAUCUGGCGAAUGAACAAUUAAGAAACAUUGAAUCAAUAAUAGUUCAUCCUCAGUACAAUCCGCCAAUCCUGAGAUACAACGAUAUUGCACUUAUUAAAGUCAAGGAAGAUUUUAAAUUUAAUAAGUUUGUAAGUCCAGUAUGCCUAUACACCAGCGACAAGCUCCCAGGUGGAAAUGUUAUUCACUCGGGCUGGGGUGCAACUGACAGAAGUGGAAAGCGACAAACACACAUGUUAAAAGUUUUUAAUCACUUUGAUGAUAAUUUUGCGAAAUGUAACAGCACUUAUUAUCAUCUGCUGCCUGGAGUACCACAGGGUUUACACAAAAAUGAGAUGAUCUGUGUUGCAAGAAACAAUAUUGACGAUUGUCAGGGUGAUUCUGGAAGCCCCUUGCAGGUUUAUCGCAAGGAUAGCAGCAACACAAAUUGCAUGUACGAUGUAGUAGGAAUCUCAGCAUUCGGAUUUGGCUGUGGCUGGACCAAAGACCCACAAGUUUUUACUAGCGUAUCCUAUUUUAUUAAAUGGAUUGAAGAUAAUGUGUGGCCUUAGAAAUAGACUUAUAAAUGACUUAAAUUUUGGACAAUAAAUGAUGUUCAUGGUUUUCAAAAAUUUUGCAAAAUAAAAUUGUAUUAUUGGGAAUGUUUUAUUAAUUUAUUUUUAAUGUGUAUUUAAGUGUGUAGAGAUUUUAUAAUGAUAUAGAAAUUCCAGUCUCCAGCUGGUGAAGGAAUCGUGUUAUUUAUACAAAUACUAUUUGUACAUAUUUUCCUAGUCUAUGUUCUUGAAUCAGAAGUACCUGUUCUAUAUCCAAUUAUUAAAAACAUUUUUUUCUCAACAUUUUUUGAUUUUAUUAAAUUAAUCUUUGCAGUAGUUGGUUGUAAUUUGCAUCUUUUCAUCAAAUUUUAUGGUCUUAGAUCGUAUAUCUGUAGGUUUCGAAUAAUAGCAAGGUUGAAUUCGUUUACAUUUUAUAGGAGGUCUGGGUUCAGUAGGAGGUGCCACCAGUUUGUUUCGAUCUUGGACUUCC